AUGCACAAUGCAGAUGUUGUAUUUGAUACCAAGCAACACCAAGGCACAACUUUGCAGGUCACCUUGCAGCUCCCGGAGGAGGAAGAAAGACCGCAGGCCGAAUCUCAUCAAGAUGCGACGUACAGCAUCGAGGCAGCAUUGAAGCAGGCUGGGUUUAGCAAAUUGUGCAAGGCAACCGGCCUGCUCGAACAACCGGACGAUGAAUUAUUGGACAUGUUGAGCAUCGAGUUCCAUGAGAAACCACAGUUGCUGGCAGGCAUUGCGGAUCUCCUUGUUAAUGGGAUCAUACGCUACAAAAAUCUGUUGAUCAAGAUUUUGACCGUGGAAUCUUACUCGCGUCACGCAUCUCUAGACAUUCAUAAUGAAUCGCAAGUAUUGGAAUCAACGUAUCCCAUUCAAGGGCGCCUUUUUUGUGGAACAGUGCCCGCUGCAGAUGGCAGAGGUUUGAAACAAAAAUUGAUCGUUGCUUCCAAGACAAUGAAUGCUCUCUGGACUUGGGGUGUGCUGCCUAGCGUUACGGAGCAAGUGCAGAGAGCAUUCAUUGUCUUGGAAGCAACGAUCAAUUUUUGUUUCAAACCUCUGCCAUCUGCAGCGGGCACUGUUCCACAAAAAAGGCGCCCUUGA